GCACAUUGUGCGUAGACCCAACUCAUACAUCUUCAACUUCAAUCACAACAAUAUGUGAUCUUGUUUUGGAUUUCGAUACUAGUCUAGAGCGGCGCGCCACUCUCUUUCCACUAGAAUCCCCCACGACCUCCAUGCCGCCCUUCCCAGUAAAAAAAGCGCGCUCCCUUCCUCCUCUUCAGCAGUGCCUCCUUAGCGGGGGUUGACCCGCUGGAAGGGGGUUGGGGCGCGCGCUUCUUGGUGUUUAUGGGGGGAGAAACUGAAGGGCUUGAACUUUGUAGAGAUUCGAACUCGAGGAGAUUCCUAACCGGCUGAGGGCUUGCCCAACUUUGGCCGAGCGACGGACGCUUUGGGGAGUCUGCUCGGGGUCCGUCUAUGUUAUUUCCCGUGUGGAUGGCCCAACCUCUAAGCUUUUGGGCUUUUUUAAAUUUUCGCCCGAUUAGGCAAAGCCGAACGCUUUUGAUUUCUGGCUUACCAUUUUCGCGUGAAGUCGAAAGCUUUUGGCUUUAUCGCCUGGCAAUUCGUUGCGAAGUUAUUUGUACCAGAUGCGAAGCUAUUUGUACCAGACGCCAUAAAUAUGAAGGAAGCGCGCACUCUAGUGGAUUGGCGCAUGAGUUCACGCAUAUAAUCUUGCUGCGCUAGUGUGCUGCAGUUUCGGACUUCUUAAAGACGGGCGCCCGCUCGCUGUUCUUACUUUGCAAAGGGUAGGGUAGAUCUCCUGCAGAGGUUCCAGGCGAUUGUCUGGACUGUGUAGGCUAAAGGCUGCUCUUGGUAAUGUUAGGGAUAAGAGUCCGGACGGGGAGCCUGUAGCCGAAGGAAGCUCGACCUUAUGCCGCUUACUUUCCAGAGCGGUUUGGGAGAGAGAUUCUAUUCGGCAGGGUGAGUGCGCGUUUCUUAGUGCACGCUUGUACUAAGCGGCGUCGCCUUAGGGUGGCUACUUGGUUAAGAGAGGGCGAAGGACUGCAGGCGCCGCGAGCGGGCAACCGUAAGCCGCCUUGUGUUGUCCAGGUUGGUCUGGACAGGUGAGGAGCACCAUGGUGAAAGAGCAGAAUAGGUAGCCAAACUGAAGAAGAAAGGACGCAAAACCUCGAGACGAGGGGUUCCCGUAAUGGGGACUGACGUUGGCUAGGUCAGAGAGGAGCCGGCUAGCACUCUGGGCUCUGACGCUCGAAAGGGCGGAGGGUUUGAGUGCCACCGGGCUGCAAAGAAAAGGAAAAGGAUGGCACAGGCGCCACAUCGCGUAGGGGGAUUGGUGUCGGGCCUGGACGGUCCGGGUGUGAAAAGGGCGGCCCCUCUUCAUGAGGUGAGCCAAUGUGUGCCAAGUAGCGCGCACGAGUGACAUGAAUAGAGUGGCUUGGUCGGCCUAUCUUGGCCUUGGUUUUCCUUGGCUGGUGGUUCGCUGGGUUUGCUAGCGGUGUUGCCGUCUUGUCAGUGUCAUACGUCAGAGGUUCGCCACUUGUGCGGCGCUAAGGUCAACAGUAUGGGUUCCGGCUGUUGCCGUCGUUACUCAACUGGUGUAGCAUUGUUUCAUUAUCGGCCUGGCGCGGAAUGGUCUUGGGCCUGCCCUGGUGUGGAGUGAUUAUCUGGCGCUUCGCUUAUUAAUAUAGGACGCCAACGUCUAAACACUGCUGGCCGUUUCGAAAUCUCUCACCCCGCUCGCUACCGGCGUUCUGGGUGCUCUGGGCAUCGCACUAGGGGCACGCCCGCACCACGUUGGGCCCUUAUUCUGCUCGCCCUAGUCUACGACUGCUUCCUUCGGUUUCGCCUCUCGGUGUUUCUCUGUAUCCGAGUCGGUGCGUCACAGGCUGCUUGUAAUAUUUGCCGGGAAAUUCUAGGGCAUCGGGAUAGGGGUCAUCCACUCGGACCAUCUAGUCAAGCCCUCGGGGUCUAGACCCUCCCACCCUAGGGACCCAGGCUGCGGUCGGGGCCUAGACCGUCGGAGCCUAAAGAGGCUGUCGGGGUCUAAGCCUUCGGGGCUUAAACUGUCGAGGCUUAAGCCAUCGGGACCGAAGCCACCGGGGUCUGAACAGUCGGGAUCUAAACCGCCGGGGCUUCAGCCGUCGGGGCUUCAACCGUCCGUCGGGGCUUAAACCUUCCUUCGGGGCCUGGGCCGUCUGUCGGGGCUUGGGCCGUCUGCCGGGGUCUGCGUGCUAGGCUGUCGGGGUCUAAGCUGUCGGGGUCUAAACCGUCAGGACCUAAGUCAUCGGGCUCCAAACUUUCGCGGGGAUCCAAGGAAGCCAUCAGGAUCCGAGCCUUUGGGGCUUAAACCGUCGGGGCGGCUGAGAUCAUCUAAGCUGCCGGUCGGGAUCUAGGCUUUGCUCGGGAUCCAAGCCCCUGGGGUCUAAGCCUUGCCGCAGGAUCUAAGCCAUCGGGACCCAAGAAGCCGUCGGGGCUUAUUAAACCGUCGGGACCAUCUAGGCCACCGGGUUCCAGGCCAUCGGGGUGGAACAAACUGGCCGCUGGGAUCUAAACUUUCGGGACCGAAACCAGAUGGACCGAAGCCGACGGGGCUGAAAUCAUCGGGAUCGAAGCCAUAGGGACUGAAACUGUCGGGGCUGAAGCUCUCGGGGUCUAAACCCUCGGGGCCUAAACCGUUGGGACCAGCGUGGGCGCAAAAGUUUAGCGCUUUUUUGUCUUUUUUGUGUAGUAAAUGUCAUUUCUUUCGAGGUCAAUGCUUUUUCGAAUCAUUACAUUUUUGGGAUUUUAUUUUUGUGGCGUUUUUGAGUUUUUUGUUUCUUCCUUGAGCUUUUUUUGGAAAAAUGAAACAUUUUUUGAGUAGUUUUUUGUACAUUGUUAUGCAAAGGCGGGCACCAUCGAUGGUUAUCCACUGCUUUCUCUUCAACCUCUGGUAGGACAACAGUCUAAAUCUUCUAUCUAAAUCUUCACCUGCUACAUG